AUGCCCCAAUCCACCGAGGAGGUUACGCUCCCCUCCAGCCCUCUUGCUGGAGGCGCCGUGGCCUACAAUCAGAUCAGCAAGGAAUUGCAACCGCUUCCUCCUAUGGAAGCUCACAGUGGAGCCGUCAUUGCUCCCGCAUCCUCCCCGACUCGUGACAGCGAUGGGAGGAUGAUGUCCCUUGAGCUCGAGGAUGGCACAGUCUACCAAGGCUACAGCUUUGGUGCUGAGAAGAGCGUUGCUGGUGAAUUGGUCUUUCAAACCGGUAUGGUAGGAUAUCCCGAGUCGGUCACCGACCCCUCCUACCGGGGCCAGAUCCUGGUCAUCACCUUCCCGCUCGUCGGCAACUAUGGUGUUCCGUCUCGUGAUGCCAUGGAUGAGCUUUUGAAGACUUUGCCCAAGUACUUCGAAUCGACUGAGAUCCAUGUGGCGGCUUUGGUUGUCGCGACCUAUGCCGGAGAAGAUUACUCUCAUUUCCUGGCCCAGUCAUCGCUAGGCCAAUGGCUGAAGGAACAAGGAGUUCCUGCCAUGCACGGUGUUGAUACUCGUGCUCUUACAAAGCGUAUUCGUCAGAAGGGCAGCAUGCUUGGUCGCAUGCUCCUGCAGAAGUCCGAAUUUGUGGAUAGCGCCACCGAGGUGCCCACAGAGAAGGAGAGCUGGAGACCUUUCUUUGAGGAGACGGAAUGGGUUGACCCUAACAAGAAGAACCUCGUUGCUGAGGUCUCCAUCAAGGAGCCCAAGCUCUUCUCACCUCCCGAAAAUGUUGCCCUCAAGCACCCCUCCGGCCGCCCGGUUCGUGUCCUCUGCUUGGACGUGGGUCUCAAGUUCAACCAGCUGCGCUGCUUGCUUGCCCGCGGAGUCGAGGUCCUAGUCGUUCCUUGGGACUACGAUUUCCCUACACUUGCCGGAAAGGAUUAUGACGGUCUGUUCGUCUCGAACGGUCCUGGUGACCCCGCUACGCUCACUACCACCGUCAACAACCUGGCCAAGACCAUGCAGGAGGCCCGAACCCCCGUGUUCGGUAUUUGCCUGGGUCAUCAGUUGAUUGCCCGCUCCGUUGGUUGCCAGACCCAGAAGAUGAAGUUCGGUAACCGUGGCCACAACAUUCCCUGUACGAGCAUGGUGUCCGGAAAAUGUCACAUCACUUCUCAGAACCACGGUUAUGCUGUGGAUUCCACUACCCUUCCUGAGGGCUGGGAGGAGCUUUUUGUCAACGCCAACGAUGGUAGCAACGAGGGUAUUCGCCAUGUCAGCCGACCCUUCUUCAGUGUUCAAUUCCAUCCCGAGAGCACACCCGGACCUCGGGAUACCGAAUUCCUGUUCGACGUUUUCAUCAACACCAUCAAGGACACGAUUGCUUCUCCCGAGGCCCUCACUAAGCCUGUCUCCUUCCCUGGCGGCGCCAAGGAGGAGAACAUCAAGGCUUCUCCCCGUGUUUCCGUCAAGAAGGUUCUCAUCUUGGGUAGUGGUGGUCUGAGCAUCGGACAAGCCGGUGAAUUUGACUAUUCUGGUAGUCAAGCCAUCAAGGCUCUGAAGGAAGAAGGAAUCUACACCAUUCUGAUCAACCCUAACAUCGCCACCAUUCAGACAUCGAAGGGUUUGGCGGACAAGGUUUACUUCCUCCCAGUCAACGCAGAUUUUGUGCGCAAAGUCAUCAAGCACGAGAGACCUGAUGCUAUCUACGUAACUUUUGGUGGCCAGACUGCGCUGCAGGUUGGUAUUCAACUCAAGGACGAGUUCGAGUCUCUCGGCGUCAAGGUUCUCGGUACUCCCAUUGAUACAAUCAUUACGACUGAGGAUCGUGAGCUUUUCGCUCGCAGUAUGGAUUCAAUCGGUGAAAAAUGUGCCAAGUCUGCCUCUGCCUCCAACUUGGAGGAGGCUCUCAGAGUUGUUGAGGACAUCGGUUUCCCCGUCAUCGUUCGUGCCGCCUACGCCCUUGGCGGUCUCGGCAGUGGUUUCGCCGACAACAUGGAUGAGCUGAAGGAACUUUGUACCAAGGCCUUCGCUGCCAGCCCUCAGGUUCUUAUCGAGAGGAGUAUGAAAGGCUGGAAGGAAAUUGAAUACGAAGUUGUUCGUGAUGUUAGGGACAACUGUAUCACUGUCUGUAACAUGGAGAACUUCGAUCCUCUUGGUAUCCAUACCGGUGAUUCCAUUGUCGUUGCUCCUUCUCAGACUCUCUCGGACGAGGACUAUAACAUGCUGCGUACAACGGCCGUCAAUGUUAUCCGCCACCUUGGAGUUGUCGGUGAAUGUAACAUCCAGUAUGCCCUCAACCCCUUCUCGAAGGAGUACUGCAUCAUCGAGGUCAAUGCGCGUUUGUCAAGAUCUUCUGCGCUUGCUUCCAAGGCCACUGGAUAUCCUCUUGCCUUCAUCGCCGCCAAGCUGGGUUUGAACAUCCCACUGAAUGAGAUCAAGAACUCUGUGACCAAGGUCACCUGCGCAUGCUUCGAGCCCUCUCUCGACUACUGCGUUGUCAAGAUCCCCCGCUGGGAUCUUAAAAAGUUCACCCGUGUGUCUACUCAACUUGGGUCUUCCAUGAAGAGUGUCGGUGAAGUCAUGAGCAUUGGAAGAACCUUCGAAGAAGCAAUUCAGAAGGCCAUUCGCUCGGUUGACUUCCACAAUCUGGGUUUCAAUGAAACUAAUGCCCUGAUGUCCAUCAAGGGUGAAUUGCAGACUCCCUCCGACCAGCGUCUCUUUGCUAUCGCCAAUGCCAUGGCUGCUGGUUAUAGUGUUGACGACAUCUGGAAGCUCACCUCGAUUGACAAGUGGUUUUUGAGCAGGCUGAAGGGUCUCAGCGACUUUGGAAAGCUUAUGACCUCCUACAAUGCUACGACUGUGCCUAGACCCUUGAUCAAGCGCGCCAAACAGCUUGGUUUCUCAGAUCGCCAGCUUGCCAAGUUCUUGAGCUCCAACGAACUCGCUGUCAGACGCCUGCGUGUUGAGUCUGGAAUUAUCCCAAUUGUCAAGCAGAUCGAUACUGUUGCUGCCGAGUUCCCCUCAUUCACUAACUAUCUCUAUCUCACUUACAAUGCUUCGGAGCACGACGUCAAUUUCAACGACAAUGGUAUCAUGGUCCUUGGAUCCGGUGUCUACCGCAUUGGCUCUUCUGUCGAGUUCGAUUGGUGCUCAGUGCGCACUAUUCGUACUUUGCGUGAUCAAGGUCACAAGACUGUCAUGGUCAACUACAACCCUGAAACUGUCAGUACCGAUUACGAUGAGGCUGAUCGUCUGUACUUCGAGAACAUCAACCUCGAGACCGUUUUGGACAUCUACCAGUUGGAGUCAUCUAGCGGCGUGAUUAUCUCUAUGGGUGGUCAAACCCCGAACAAUAUCGCUCUGCCCCUCCACCGCUUGAACGUCAAGAUCUUUGGUACAUCGCCUGAAAUGAUCGAUGGUGCCGAGAACCGUUACAAGUUCUCCCGCAUGCUUGAUCGUAUCGGUGUCGACCAGCCAGCCUGGAAAGAACUUACCAGCAUUGACGAGGCAACCGAGUUCUGCAACAAGGUCGGCUACCCCGUGCUUGUGCGUCCGUCGUACGUGCUCUCGGGCGCGGCCAUGAACACCGUCUACUCUGAGCACGAUCUGGCUAGCUAUCUCAACCAGGCCGCUGAUGUCUCGCGUGAGCACCCCGUUGUCAUCACCAAGUACAUUGAGAACGCAAAGGAAAUUGAGAUGGAUGCCGUCGCUCGCAACGGUGUUAUGGUCGGACACUUCAUUUCCGAACACGUCGAAAAUGCGGGUGUUCAUUCUGGUGACGCUACUUUAAUUCUGCCCCCCCAGGACUUGGAUCCCGAAACUGUCCGUCGCAUUGAAGAGGCCACCAGGAAGAUCGGUAAUGCCUUGAAUGUCACGGGUCCUUACAACAUUCAGUUCAUUGCGAAGGACAACGACAUCAAGGUCAUUGAGUGCAAUGUCAGAGCUUCUCGCUCGUUUCCGUUCGUGUCCAAGGUCAUGGGCGUCGACCUCAUCGAGAUGGCUACCAAGGCUAUGAUUGGCGUCCCAUUCGCCGAGUACCCCCCUGUCUCUAUCCCCAAGGACUACGUCGGUGUAAAGGUCCCUCAAUUCUCGUUCUCCCGUCUAUCAGGUGCCGAUCCUGUUCUCGGAGUUGAGAUGGCUUCGACCGGAGAAGUUGCUUCAUUCGGACGUGACAAGUAUGAGGCUUAUCUUAAGGGUCUGAUUUCGACCGGAUUCCGGCUUCCCAAGCGCAACAUCCUCUUUUCCAUUGGUUCCUAUAAGGAGAAGAUGGAGAUGCUUCCAUCCAUCCGCAAGCUUCACCAGCUGCAGUACAAUCUCUUUGCCACCGCUGGUACUGCGGACUUCCUUAAAGAGAAUGGCAUUCCCGUCAAGUUCCUUGAAAUCCUGCCUGGUGAAGAGGAGGAUAUUAAGUCUGAAUACUCCCUCACUCAGCACUUGGCGAACAACCUCAUUGAUCUCUAUAUCAACUUGCCGUCUAACAACCGCUUCAGACGCCCAGCAAACUACAUGAGUAAGGGUUACCGUACUCGUCGUAUGGCCGUUGACUACCAGACUCCUUUGGUCACCAACGUUAAGAACGCCAAGAUCUUGAUUGAGGCCAUCGCCCGCCACUAUGACCUUGCUGUGCGUACUCUGGAUUAUCAGACCAGCCACCGUACUAUCAUCCUUCCUGGACUGAUCAACGUUGCUGCGUUUGUUCCUGGUCUGGUCACCCCGGGCUCUACCGAUUUCGAGCUCAUGACCAAGGCUUCCAUUGCCGCUGGCUUCAGCAUGGUGCGCGUUAUGCCCGUUGGUGUCGAUGCCUCGGUCACUGAAGCUGCUGCACUGAAUAUUGUCCAGCAGAACGCUCAGAAGAGCUCUUUCUGUGACUUCAAUUUCUCCGUGUCAGCGACUUCGACCAACGCUGACCAGAUUGGUCAGUUGACUGGAGAUGUUGGCUCUCUCUUCAUCCCUUUCAACCACCUUUCUGGUAACAUCAGCAAGGUCGCUGCUGUCACUAGCCAUUUCGCUGCUUGGCCUUCCAGCAAGCCUAUCAUCACUGAUGCCAAGUCUACCGAUUUGGCUUCCGUGCUGCUCUUGGCCAGCCUUCACAGCCGCAACAUUCAUGUGAUGAACGUGACUUCCAAGGAGGACAUUACCUUGAUUGCUCUCAGCAAGGAGAAGGGUCUCAAGGUGACAUGCGAUGUGUCCAUCUUCUGCCUCUUCUUCUCCAAGGAUGAGUACCCUGAGUCCUUCUUGCCCUCCGCUGAGGACCAAAAGGCCCUGUGGGAGCACUUGAGCACCAUAGAUGUCUUCUCCAUCGGUAGCAUCCCCUUCCAGAUGGCCGGUGACAAGGGUUCUCCCGUCGUCGGUAUUGCCGAGUCGCUGCCUCUGCUGUUCACCGCUGUGGCUGAGGGCCGCCUGACGGUCGAGGACAUCAUCGCCCGCCUCUACGAGAACCCCAAGAAGAUCUUCGAGAUUCAUGACCAAGCUGACAGCUCUGUCGAGAUUGAGAUCGAUCGUCCUUAUCUGUUCCAGAGCCCCCAUGUCUGGUCGCCACUUAACGGCAAGAACGUCCGUGGUGCUGUGCAGCGUGUGACCUUCCAGGGCAAGACUUCCUGUCUUGAUGGCGCGCUCACGCCUGACGCUCCCAAGGGAGUUGACAUGUCUACUCAUCGCAUUGCCCCGGCUUCUCCGUCUGUGAAGGCCAUGUCACCCAUGGUUCGCGCCCGCCCGGAGAGCUCUUUUGAUCGCAGACUGUCCAUCUCUGGUACUCCUCUGCGCCAGUCCCGCCGGGCUGCCGAUCAGGUUGCUGCUCCCGCUGUUGGCGAGCUUGGCCCUCCCUUGUACACCCCCGUGCCUCAGGUCUCCUCUUCUCUGGUGGAGAUGCUUGCCCGUUCUCCCUUCAAGCAGAAGCAUGUGCUUUCCGUCAAUCAAUUUACUCGCGCUGACCUGCACUUGCUCUUCACCGUGGCUCAAGAGAUGCGACUUGGUGUUCAGCGCCAGGGUGUCCUUGACAUCCUCAAGGGUCGUCUGUUGACCACGCUGUUCUACGAACCUUCCACAAGAACUUCCGCGUCCUUCGAUGCUGCUAUGCAGCGCCUUGGUGGAAGGACAAUCGCUAUUUCCACCGAGCACUCUUCAACGAAGAAGGGCGAGACCCUCCAGGACACUCUGCGAACCCUCGCCUGCUACGGAGAUGCUGUUGUUCUGCGUCACCCCGAUGCUAACAGCACCCAGAUCGCGGCCAAGUACUCCCCGGUCCCUGUCAUCAACGGUGGCAACGGCAGCGUCGAGCACCCCACUCAGGCCUUCCUGGACCUCUUCACCAUCCGUGAGGAGCUCGGAACUGUCGGUGGUCUCACCAUCACCUUCACUGGCGAUUUGAGAUAUGGCCGUACCGUCCACUCUCUGCUCAAGUUGCUCCAAUUCUACGACGUUCGGGUGCAACUUGUCGCCCCUAAGGAGCUGUCUCUGCCCGAGGAGGUUCGCCAGCAGAUUGCUGCUUCUGGCCAGCUCGUUCUGGAGUCUGAGCAACUGACGCCCGAGAUUGUCGCCCGCUCUGAUGUCUUGUACUCCACUCGUGUUCAGAAGGAGCGUUUCGCCGACCUUGAGCAGUACGAGCGCCUGAAGAACAGCUUUGUCAUUGACAAUGCUCUUCUGAAGCACGCCAAGAGCCAUAUGGUCGUCAUGCACCCCCUGCCUCGGAAUGCCGAGAUCUCAGAGGAGGUUGAUUUCGACCAACGGGCCGCUUACUUCCGCCAGAUGAGAUAUGGCCUUUACUGCCGCAUGGCCCUUCUUGCCUUGGUCAUGGCUCCUUAG